UAUGCAUGGAACGCCUGGCAAUAAGUGUUUUGUUGUCUGUUGACGUUUCUGUCGGCCGCAAAAUUUUUUUAUUCAUUUGAGAUGAGUGCGGGCUAUAAACUACAGAUGAAAUGGUGCUAAAGAGAAUUAUCAAACCCGCUAUCUACACAGCAGAUGAGGAUGCAGAAAUUAAAGAGAGCAAGUGCUCACCGAGGCUUUUUUCAAUUCAUUUCUGUCCGUCGUGGCUGCAGUUCAACAAAUUCGUUUUGAGUGGUUACCGAUGUAACUUAUCGACAUCUGAAUGCCUGAUGAGUUUGACUUAUCUUCAUAACGAAUCAGUGAACAUUUAUAGCCAUGGAAUCCCAUUUCUAUUUUUUAUAUUGUUCAUUCCUCUGACAGCCAGUGAAGCAUGUUUACGGACUCCAUUUUGGUUCUCAUUUCACUAUAUUGCAUGUUUURCACCAAUGUUUGCUAGUCUUGUUUAUCAUUUGUUCAUGUGCCACCACUCUGGUAAACAGACCUACAGUAACCUGCUUUGCUUUGACAUGUGUGGCAUCUGGGUGGUUAACUCUUUUGGGGCACUGUGUGGUAUCAGAGCAACACUAUUUUGCUUUCCAAUUUGGAGGAAAUUAGCAAUCAUGAUAUACUUGGUCAUUUCAUUUGCUGCAUUAUCAUAUAUUUUGAAAGCACCAACACCAAAAGAUCGUCUUAUUCCAUUUGCUGUGUUUGGUGUACUCAGGUAUAUUUUCCUGAUAGUGAGGCUUACACUGCAGUACCUGGGUUUUGGGUGUGGCACUUCUGAUGCAUUAAUAUAUUGCAUUCUAAUGGACUGUUGUGCAUGUAUUGGUGGUGUUAUCAAUAUUGCAAGAGUACCAGAAAAAUGGUUUCCAGGAUGGUUUGACAUGGUUGGUAACAGCCAUCAGAUAAUGCAUGUAUUAACUGCAUUAAGUGUGUUGCUUCUUCACUUUGGCUCCACAAAAGAAUUUGAAUGGAUGGAUUCAUACAAUUGUGCGUGACAUUAACAAUUGAACAGAAAUUUGUUUAUACUUAUUUAAUAUUGAUAAUUAUUGCAUUUUACAUUAGUGAAUUAUUUAAUAGAUAUUUAUAAUAUUAUAGUAUAUAAAUGGCGCAAUGGCUGAACUUAAGGACCUUUUAUAUGAAUUUUAUAUUUAUUAGGUUAUCUAUUGGCUUUGAAAGCUGUUUUAUAGAAUGGAAAGCCAUAUUAAUAUAAAAUACCCUUUAAAAUAUUCUGGAUAGAAUGCAAAUGAUGAUUGGCAAAUAUUUUUUCCAUGAAUAAAAAAAGUUCCAAUGGUUUCUUUAAAAAAACUCAGCAGUACUGCUGUGUAAAAUAUUGCAAAGCACUUGGGAAUAUGACGACGACUUGAAGCACCGUGCCAGUUGUUUUACUGUUUCAGGAAUUAACAGUACAUGCUGUUUUAUGUUUUUAUGAUUCCCAUUAUUGUAAAAGCAACGUUAUAGAUUGCUGCAACUUAGGUAAAAUAAUAAAGUGAGGAGUUUGUUGCUUUUU